AAUUUUUAUUUGAAAUGCAUAAAUACUGUUGUUUAGCAGAAUUGAAAAAGAAUAAGUCAUUUUGUUUAAAAAAGAAAAAAAAAGUUGCGACUUUAUGCGUCGGAUGAGUAAUUUCAUGUCUAUUAUAAAAAAAAUAUUUAACGUUUUAUUAAUGACAUUACGAGGUUAUGUUUCACGAUUUUGUAAUUAGAUACAGAUUAGGUUUACGAAAUGCACGAUUGUGGUUACUAGUUCACAAGAAGUACGACAAAGUUAUAUUAGCUAUAACCUCGCAUUGUCGUUGACGUGUUGUGUUUGUUGUUGGGAAAAUAUAUCGCAAAAUGGAUCAGAUUGUUGGAAAGAAAUAUAAAUUGAAAACAUCGGAUAAUUUUGACGAAUAUUUAAAAUAUAUCGGCGUUGGAUUCAUAUCUCGAAAAACCGCAAAUUCUGUGUCACCAGUUUGUGUGGUGACACAAAAUGAUGACGGUUCAUAUACGUUGGCUAUGAUGACAACAUUACGAAAUAUUUACACAACUUUUAAACUUGACGAAGAGUUCGAAGAAGAAAGGGCGGAUGGAACCAAGGUUAAAUCAACAAUAGUGCUUGAAGGUAAUAAAUUAAUACAAACUCAAAUAGAACCUAAUGGAAGAAAAUCUGUACACGUGAGGGAAUUCACACCGAAGACUUUAACCGUGACGUCCACUGCAGAAGGAUGGAAUGGACAAUGCAUCAGAGUGUACGAACUUGUUGAAUAAUUAAUUCUUUAUUCGUUUAUUUAGAAUAUUAUGUUUAUUUCAUUUUUGUAUCUUAAGUGUGGAGUAUUGUAAAUGUAAGGUUAUGUUUUCAUUUAAUUUUAAUUUAAAAAUAAAUAAUACGAUCUCA